AUGACUUUAGAAUUGAUUUCCCAGGAAAUCCUAUUAGGAUACAUCCUCCCUAAUUUGAGCAUAUCCGACAUUUGCAGUGUUUCCAAAACAUCAACUUCCCUCAACCAAGUAGUUACCAAACACGGAAACUUGCUUUGGAAAAAGAAAUUCCAUCAAAGAUGGCCCAAGCUGGUCCACAUCUUGGAACACGGCGGUAAAGAAAACUGGCUAACAUGUACUCGAUUUCAAUUCCACAUUGAACAACAAAUACAUACCAGUAUUAAUGCCAUGAUUGAAAAUUCCUCCAUUCAUCGGCCACCAACAAGUGAAUCCAUGGCUGUCUUGAAUUUGAAGGUACCAUUCGAAUUCCUUGAAGAUGCUGUCCUCAAAGUUGCCAACAGCCAACAACAAUCAACAACAUCCUUGACGAAAACAUAUUACGCAAAAUAUCUUCUACGAUUUUUGCGUUGUCAGCGAUUAGAUAUAGAAAUUCAGGAAUACAAGGAAAAGGAGAAAAUUGGAUUCGCUAAAGGAGCGUUUUUGGAAUGCAAUUUCCAUUGUGAUCUGCUAGCCGAUUCAGACAAAGAAGAUUGGAACGAAAUUUUACAAGCAUACUACAUCACAGAGGUAUUGAAAAACCGAAGAGGAAAACCGAUUAUAAUCGCCAUCAUUCUCGACGACAUACUGAAUCGGCUAGACUUAAAAAGCGAAAUCCUCAGUCAUGAAAACCAGUUUUACGUCCGCGUUCCUUUGAACAAAACAACCGAUACAGAAUGGAUUUUCAUCGAUGUUUCCAACCAUUCCGUCUUUCCAAGUAGACAACUAUUUCCGGACGAAUAUCCAGCAGUGGAUCACGCUAUUUUUUUCGACAUCAUUCUGCCGCUAUAUAACAUCGCAAGUGAAGUUCACGACACCAAUUUCAUCAAAAAAGAGGCUCUGGCAACAAUCUCAAAGGAACAGCUGUCAAAUUUCCACCUGAACUUUUCCAGGUUCGCCUGUUGUUGGGAACCGGACUUCUUACAGCCUUUCAAAUACGCCAUUGCGUGUAUGACAUACAAAGAACAUUUGGAUGAAGCCCGCAGAUUCAUCCCUAACACUUAUGCAAAUGCCACAUUAACGCUUCUUCUGAAUCAACAAAUACGGCAUCAAAAAAAUAUGUUCUUGGAAGACAACACAACGAAAUCACGAAGUGAAGCCGUUCAAUAUGCAGUUGGAAUGUGCGUGAUGGUGGAAACUAAUCCUCAAGACAACGACAUGGGCAUUGGCAUCAUUACAGAUUGGGACCCUUUCUGUACUAAAGACAACGUCUGGCAAGAAAACAUCGGUCGCUUUAAAUUAAACGAUCCUUUUUAUUCCGUCAUCAAAGAAGACGGCACCACAGCAUACAUUCCACAAGAUCUUUUCACAAGUGAUAAUUUCCACAUUCACAAAGGAUUAAGUUGGAAUAUUCAAUAA